AUGUACUCGGCCUACGAACAGCAGUCAUCGCGGUCGCCCGGCUCGCACCGCAACCAGCCAGGCACGCUCAACAGGAUGCCCUCGCGCCAGUUCGACGCCUACCAGCAGCAGCUCGGCCAGAGCGGCCUGUACCCGCAGCAGGACGACCACCAACGGGGCUACGACCAGCCUCGCAACUACAACGACCGUCUGAAUAACACCAUGCACGCCGGCUACGGCUACGACAUGGGCGCUCAGCAGGGCUGGAACACGAACGCCUUCUCGCAGAACGGCUUGGGGUCGCUCGGCGGCGCCGCGGGACAGAGGAUGAAGUCGCAGACGCGCGGUGGCGGACGGAGCGCGCUGCCUGCUGGCUGGAUGGAGCCUCCACCGCAGCAGCCCCAGGGCCUGCCUAGCUUUGCCCUCCCCGGCCUGGGCAACGGAGCCUCGAGUGCCAUGCUCAACACCAGCUACGGCCACCACGAUGUCGACGAGGAGCUUAUCCCCACCGCCAUCGUCAUCAAGAACAUCCCCUUCGCCGUCAAGAAGGAGCAGCUCGUGCAGCUGAUGACCGACCUGCGUCUGCCCCUGCCCUAUGCCUUCAACUACCACUUCGACAACGGCGUUUUCAGGGGUCUUGCCUUUGCCAACUUCACCACCGCAGAGGAGACCGCUGCUGUCAUUGAGUCGAUGAACCACUUCGAGCUGAACGGCAGGAAGCUGCGUGUCGAGUACAAGAAGAUGCUGCCCCUCGCCGAGCGCGAGCGAAUCGAGCGUGAGAAGCGUGAGCGCCGUGGUCAACUCGAGGAGCAGCACCGGCCGCUGGGAGGACAGUUACACUCACAGCCCUCGUUCGGCUCGCUUGCUUCCCACUCCCAUUCCCACAUCCCAGCGGCAUCUCCAUCGCCUGUCUCUGCUAUGCGCCAGCAGAAGCUUGGUAUGUCCCACAACGGCGCACCAGAACGCGUCACUAAUGGUCCUGUCGACGUUGACUUGAACGACCCUCAAAUCUUGCAGUUCUACUCACAGCUUCUGCUUUUCAAGGAGUCCCCUGAACGCGACAGCAUGACCUUCCCUCCUUCCUUGGCACCUCCUCAGCGCCGCAUCAUUCACACGCUUGCCCAUCAGCUUGACUUGGCCCACGUAUCGAAGGGCUCCGGCGACACCCGCCAGGUUCACAUCUUCAAAGUUCACAACAACCAAGGCUUGAGCCCACCGAUGCCCCAGAUGCCCACCAGCCACCCCACCGAGCAGCCAGGACGUCGUGGUCUCAACCGUGCUGCGACCACAGACUUCAGUGAUGUCCGUGCGUCCGAAGGUUUCUACAACGCUUUUGGUAGGCAGGCUUCGGGUCUGCUCGGUUUUCCGGAUUCUCCCGGCGGUCUGAACGCAGUUCCCAACCUGCGAGGCGCCAAGUCAUACGCUGAUCUCCGCUCUUACACUCCUUCGCCGGCGCCCUCGACAGCGAGCCACCCGGUUGGACGUCCUGGAGGCAUUUCUCUCGAAGGUCUUGGUUUCAGCGGCAGCAGCACAAACCCCAAUGGCACACCUACUGCAAGCUCAAUGUCACAGCGCAAUGAUGGCAUGCUUGAGCGCGAGAUGGAGCGCAUGACACUGGGAGGAAACGCUUUCGGACAGAGCAGCAGCCCCCGUUCACUCCGCCAGAUGACAUCUUGGGAGAACCCCGGUCCCAUUGGCGGUCACCGUGCUUUCAGCUCCAACUACGACGACCGCCCAUCGAGGCAACCUCGCGGUCCACUCCCAGAGCGAGGUCAAGGCUUCAGUCGCCCACGACAAAACGGCCACCAAGGCCGCGGCAGCGACGAGCUUUCUUCGCAAUCGAAUGUUGAGAUUCUAGUCGGUCAGUGA